AUAUCCGACAACACGUGAAGGCAGCAGGUCUUAUUUGUUCUCUCCAGCAGGAGGGCGUUCCGCUGAAGAAGAUACAAAUACAGUGAGGUGAAUUAUGCCGGUGUACGUGUGUGCUACUGGUUCAUAUUUACAUGCUGUCAAAGCUUAAGGUUUUGUCUCAGAGUUUUUUAACACCCGGAUCAGGCCUUCCUUGAUGUUAGCCUUCCUGGUGGUAUCACUGCCGGGGGAAAGGCGACAGAGGAGGCCAGGCUCGAAGACAUGGAGGCUAACCGUCCUUGCAGAGGGAGUGAGCUGUAGGACGUGGUGAUUUCUACAGGGUGUUGCCACUCCUAGAAUGGACCCUGCACACAUUGGAGGGGAUAUGUCACCUUUGUAUGUGCCAAGAAAGAGAAAGUCUGUCCAGUCACAACCUAAAAGUGGAGUGCCAUGUCCAGUUGUUCAGCGAAUGCCAGAAAGAACCUGUGAGUUAAAUCCAGUUGGAUAUCCCAAGAAUGAUGAGUCUGAAGCCCAAGAUGCUCUAAAGAUGAAAAGGACUUAUGGUAGAAAAAGGUAUGAGGACCUCCAGAGUGUUUCCAUAGGAACAGUAGAUUACCCAACCACCAGCUGCUCAGUGAUGUCAUCAGGUGGCCUGGCCAAUGGCGCGGACCCAGGGUCCAUGGCUCCACCCAGUGCAAGGCUGCCUCCAAGACUGGUGGCGAAGGAUGUGUGGCCUCAAGGCCCAGAGGUCAGCAGGGAGCAGCCCCAGCCUCAGGACCAGAGCUGGAACUCCAGCAGGGACAGAGGCCCCGAUGCCUGGGCCCCGGGUAGAGACCGACAACAGGAGCAGGUCUGGAACUCUGGCAGAGACCGAGCGGGACACUCCAGUCAAGACCAGACUUGGAUUGCAGGCAGGGACAGGGCCCAUACCGGACCAGACCAGGCCUGGAUGACGGGCAGGGACCGAGGUCCUGAGCAGGGCUGGGCAGCCGGCAGAGACCGAGGCCAGGAUCAGGCCUGGAACGCAGGCAGGGAUCCAGGAAGAGACCGAGCCUCCUCAGGGCCAGAGCAGGCGUGGGGAACUGGCCGAAGCCAAGACCAAGGCUGGAGUAACACGAGCAGAGACAGAGAGCAUGUCUGGAGACCUGACUUGAACAUGAAGAAAGUCCAGAGAGUGCAGAUGGAGCGAAGCCCACCUGUUAAUAACUUCCCACAGCCACCAGAGGGCAGAGACUCUUGUUCAGAUGCAGCCAGUGUUGGUGAGGCCUCGACGGCCCAACACAGCGAGGACCAGAAACCCCCCGUCCCCUCCACCAAGAAGGAGCCUCCUACCUACCCUCCAGGAAGUCAAGAGGAGCGUUGGCAGCUCCAGAUUGUGGCCAAAGGCCGAGUCACCUGUCCAAAAUGUAAAAGUGUGAGCAGGAAGACUGUGGAGGGGCUGAAGAAACACAUGGAGAACUGCAGACUGCAACCCUUUACCUGUCAACACUGUGGGAAACAGCUGAAGUCUUCAACAGGGAUGAAGUAUCACAUCAUGGCUGACCACAGCCAUCUGCCCUCAGCAGAGGAUGCCAAGGACCUGGAUGAUCGUGUCAUCAAAGACAAACUGCGUAAAAUCCUGAAGAGACUGGGCAAAUUAAAAUGUUCUAAAGAGGGCUGUAGUGCCGCCUUUACCAGCAUCAUGGGCUACGUGUACCACAUGAAGAAGUGUGGGAAGGAGGAGUCUGAGCUGGAAAAGAUGCUGCUGAAUUGCUCUCACUGUGGGAAAACCUACAAGUCCAAGGCUGGUCUGGAGUACCACCUGAAAUCAGAGCAUGCUCCUACGCCCCAGAAGAGUGAGGAAGACGAGGCACUGAAGGCCCAGAGGGAGGCCAACCCAGAGAGGACGGCCAGCGGCAGGGUGCAGCGAGCAUCGGCCCAGGUGGCAAACUUCCACCUGGCUGAGAUUGCCAACAACGAGUUGCCCAAAGACUGGCCCAAGAGGAAGUUUCAGUCAGACCUGGUGCCGGAUGACAAAAAGUUGAAAUACGCCCGACCAGGCCUGCCUGCCUUCAGCCAAGAGGUGCUGAGGAAGUGGAAGAAUGAGGUGAAGCUGCAGAGGAAAGUCCAGUGUCCCAACCAGGGUUGUGGCUGCACCUACACCAGUGUGUCUGGACUGAAAGCUCAUCUGGGACUCUGCACAAGGGGCGACUUUGAGGCUGGAAAAUACAGAUGUCUGAUCUGCAAUAAAGAGUUUAACUCCGAAAGUGGAGUGAAGUACCACAUCAACUCUGUCCAUGCACAGGACUGGUUUGUGACAAACAAAAAGGCCUCCAAGAAGUUUGAGAAGUUCCUGAAAGCCCAGCCCAAGGAGUUUGUCCAUAAUGUGGACAAGCAGAUCGUGGAUCAGUACCACCAUAAUAACCUCCAGCAUCAUCAGCAACAUCACCACCACCACAACCAUCAACAUCAGCAUCAGCUCCAGCACCAACCCCUGCAGCACCCUCUGCAACCAUUGCAUCACCUCCAGCACCAAACCCAGUUCCUCCAUCCAGAGCACCAGAACCUCCCUCCACAGGUGGAAACCCAGCUCCAGCAGCCGAUGCUCCACUACACCCCUUUAGAGCCUCCUCCCGGACCGCUUUGGGUGGAUAUGGACCGGAGAGAACCAGAGCAGGCCCCGAUCGAAAUGGAAAUGGCUGAUGUUGACAAACCUGGAGAGGACAACAGCAGGAUGGUGGAGGAGAAAAGGAGAGAGAAGGGGGAGAAAGGAGGGGAGAGGGGAAAGGCUGAUGGGAAACGGAAGGAUUGCUUUGCUUUUGGUAGUGGUGGUGGUGGCAGCAUCAGUAGCAGCAGUAAUACUGGCAGCUCAUCCAGCGAAUCAGAGGUCGAGCAGCAGGACAGGCAGAGACAGAUUGACCAGUGGAAUCUGAAACGGCCGGGCAUCAUGGAGCCCCACCCUGAUGCUGGAAAGCGACAGAGGAGCACUUAAAAAGACCCUAAAUCCGCAACUAAAAAUGACACUUUCCUUAACACUCGUCAUGCAUCAGAGCUGAUUUUAACAGAGGUAGAAAAAGACACCAUCGAGUGUCCGUCCCUACUUUAUUAGCUGUGGCAAUGUGACAUAGAAGAAAACAAACCUGCAUUCUUCACAACAAACAGGAGAGAAGGCAGCUGAUGACAGAGCUACAACUUGUAACUUUAAACGUUUUGGAAGUUGAGAAAGCUUUUAGAUGAUGAUGGAUACCUUCAAAAGAACCUCACAGCGUCAGCGUGGAUAUGAGACUAUAUACACUUCUGGUUUAGAGGGUAUUUCCCUGUCUUAAAAUGGAUGUCAUUGUAUAGCCUUGAGAAAUGUAGUAUACCGUUUAUCUGUGUGUUUAUCUGUAACAGAUUCUUUUUUUUCCCCAACUUUAAAUGUGUCUUAUUCUUUGAAAACGUUUGAUAAACCUUCUUGUCUUUCAUAUUUACCUUGAAGGGAAAAAGUUACUUUAACCUUAAGAGAGGAUGCUACAGUAUAGUAUUUUGUUAGACUUGUCUAGUCGCUCUCUCUCUGAAAAGAUUUUGUGCCUCUUAAGUAUGAUCUGUAUAACUUCAUACUACUCAUCAUCACUUUUACUUACAACUGAUUGGCCUUUUUCUGAGGCUAAAUAAUGUUGGAUGUGUCAAUCUUCUGGUAAAAAGGAUCAGUUCUCCCUUCCUGUACCAUAUUUUCAUCAGUGAGUUUUUGACUAAAUGACAUUUUUUGAACGUACAUUGACACUGAAUGCAACUUGGUUCAUGGCUGGCAUCAAGUUGCCAUCCUUGAGCCAAGUCUGCUGGCAGCUUGUGGUAACAUGAGAGGAUCUGUUUGCAUCUGUGAAGUGGACCAGUGCAGUUAGAAGAGUUUAAACAGGCAAAUCACAUAGGAAGAGCAAUGAAGCAAAUCCAUAGCCAAAAAAGUUAAAGUCUUUGUUAUUACAUAUUAAAGUAAUAGUUCAACAUUUUGGGAAACGCGCUAACUCACUAGCACUUUCCAAAAGUGAAAUGAGAAGAUCAAUACCAUUCUCGUUGAGUUCAGAACAGUUCAUCCAUACACCCAGUGCUUCUGUGCAGAGCGUCUCCGACUUAUAGCACAGUUACCUGGCAGCCUCACUGUGAAUUCAAGACUCCAGGAAGUCACUGCACCUGGUUGUUUUUUGCCAAGAAAUGGUUACAGCGUGUAACUCCCCCUAAAACCAUGAAUUUUUGUUGCAUUCUAUUUGUGUAGGAAUAAACAAACGAGACACAACCUGUUCGUUUGUGAGCUGUUAGAGGUGUUGAUAGGUGUAUUUUUGAACUUUUAAAAGAGCCAGGCUAGCUGUUUCCCCCUGCUUCCAGUCUUUAUGCUAAACUAAGCUAAUCACCUCCUGGGUACAUCUCUGUACUUAACUCACAGACAUUUUGGGAAAGAAAGCAAAUAAGUGUAUUUUCUAAAAUGUUGGACUAUUCCUUUAAAAGCAACAUCAGCCAGCUCACGUUGGCCUACCUCAUGAUAUUGUACUCUUAAUGCUCUCAGCAGCCACUUUCCAAGAAACAUGAAACAACAAAAUAAGUAAAAUAAAUCAAAAUACUUAAUUUGAUUACUUGCACUUUUAAAUUGACUCCAGCAGUGUGUGAAGCCAAUCUCUGUAGUUUUUGAGAUGUGUUCUGUAGUCUCUUGAAAGUUGUCAAGAUGUGGGAAUCUUUGAAUUGCAGUAAUCGAUGUUUUAUUUUAGUUUGACAAAAAAAAAUCUAAACUCAAGGUCCACUUACUAACUUUUUUUGAAACUCUUAAUGUUCCUCAGCAUAUGAAGUUUGAUCAGUUGUCAUGGCUCGGUUGUAUGAUGACAACUGAGCAGUCACCAGCUGCUGAGGAAUACCGCAAGAUACGUUUGAAAGCUCAAGGAAAAGCCAGUGAGUGAAUCUUUCGUUUUGUCGAACUGCUUUUUCCAUGUUAAGAAUGAACUUUUAUGCUUAAUUUUUUUAAUCGGUUUUAAACCUUGCCCGCUGUACUAUAGUUCCCAAAACAAAGUUUUAUCAGCACGGAAACAAAGUAAGCACAGAAAUAUGAUUGGUUCUUAAUGGCUGAUCACAAAACAACAGCCAAUAAAUGUGACCGUCAACACAUUGGUGAGGAAAUUAAUGGACUGCUGAUGGCUUGUUAGUUAUGUUACAAUGCAGACAGGUGGUCAGAGAGGAUGACUUAUGAUGGCCAAGACACUGACACAGGUGACAGUUAACUCUGAUGAAGGAAAGCUAACACACCAAGCAUUUAACAUGGAGGGUGGGUGUUUUUCUUUUCUGUUCAUUCUUCAAAGACAGACCUGUUUUUAUUCUGUCUCUCAGAAUAUUUAACCGAUAUCAUGUAGCCUAAUGUUUAUGUACUCUGCAUUUUGUAUCUAUUGUGGUGUAUGGUUAUGGAUGGCUGUCAGUCAUUUGUUUGUGAUGUUUUAAUACUAUUUUGUAUAUUUGUUUUUUGCAACUUUUUUGCAUUUAUGAAUGUAUUUGGUUAUUGGUUUCCCCUCUGUCGUGCACUUCUGUUAAGCCAGUUUUCCUCUAAAAAACGACCAUUAAUUUAUCAUUUGUCUUGAUUUGAAACUUUCAAAGAGGAGUACCCUUUAAUCUGUUAAUCUGUCUUUAACAAACUAUGUAAAAAAUAUUCUGCCAAAAAUAUUUACUGUAUCUGUUUCUGUUAAGUGGAAAAGUGCUUUACCCUUCAUGGCCCUCCAUCAGAUGCCUUUUGAAAGAACAGUGUGUUGUUUAAGUUUAAAAUAGAAAACCUCCUAGUACAUGGGAAGUAUUUCAAAAAGCCUGAUGUUAUAUAAUUUACGUUGGGUGCGUGGACCCCUGUGUACUUGCCCGCAAGUCUAGUUUUUGUUUUGUUUUUACUUUAACCUUUCAUUUAACCAGGAUGGACUCUUGAGAUUGCAAACUCUUUUUCAAGAGUCCAAGCGGUGUUACUGUUAGGUUGCAUUUGUCUCUGUGGUGCUAACCUGUUGUUGCAUCAUUUAAUAAGACUUUGUUUCGAAGAAGUUUGAGUGGGUUCAGCCACUGUGGAUAUUGCUGUUCAUGCUAAAUAUUCUUUACUUCUCAGUAAUAAUUAUAACAAGUUAAUUCUUAAGAUCAUUAUUCACCGCCUAGGUCAGUGGUUUCCAACCUUAAUGGCAUGUGAUCCCUUGAAAAGAAGCAUUAUCUACUUGCAACCCAUGCAAGACAUAUGCAACCACUGACAGGUUGCACAUGUCUACAGGUUAUAACCAAGUCUUUAGAGGCCUAAAGAGGUACUAUUACUGUAUCCCGUAAUUCACAAGAAACAAAGCAAAAAUAAAUCUGGUUUUGUGCAGUAGUAUUGUUUGUUAGUUUUCCUGUUGAUUACGGUCUCAAAACAGUACAAUUCAUAAUGGAAAAACUUUCAGGAACUGGCUUCAAGUUUCCUUGCUGUUGAAAUACUUCCCAUGUCCACUUGUGACCAAAUCUUUAUCACCGUGCAUGCACUUUGAACUGUUUGAUGGCACAAAAGACAGCAUUGCUCAGCUUUAAGAGAUUUUACAUGUGCUUCGUAAAGCGGCCCUGGUCCCUGACUAAAUAAUGUUUCAUCCCGUCCAAACCUGCUUUAUCAGUAAAAGAAGUGUCAAUAUUUGAGUGAAAUUUUGCUCAAAAUCAUACCAGUAAUUCAAUAACUGAGCCUUCAUAUGUCAUAGGAUAAACAAUUCAGAGUAAUUUGCACCUUUGUCUUCCUGCUGUUAGUUUAUUUACAGUAGCACAGUUCUGUAAUCCAGAGUGAGUGAAAAUAGAAAGCCUGUAUUGUUAUAAUUUUUGUAUUUUAGUGCCAACAGAGGAGUCCCCUACUGUAGGUAAUAGAACCAAAACAGCUACAUUAUGUAACUGAAUUUUAUCAAUAGUGACCAGUAGGAAGUCCAGAUUUCACAAUAGAGAGGACUAGUGAGUUUUGAAAGCCAGAAAUCUAAAUAAUCAUUGACUGAUUGGUUUUGAUCCACAAACCCAUCACCCCCUGCAGAUCCUGUAUAUCAGGGUCCUUAGUGAACAUGCAAAAUCUUUACAAUCUUUAAAAUCUUUGAGUUGGUCCUGACCUCCUGAAGUAAAGUGAUUUCUUUUGGAAAAGGUUUCAUCUAGUGUCCGAACUAGAUGUGAUGCUGGAAAUGCAAGUGGUGUUAUUAACCGUACAGUGAAGGAGCGCUGAAUUUAAUGAAAAUAAUGAAGAACUGUUCUCAUGUCUUGUGCCCCAAUCAUCACCAUCCAUACAGAAAAUAUACAGUAUAUAUAAUCUAGGCCAGAUUUGAAUAAAGGUUCGGUUAGUAGUCUUCUAUCAUGUGUAAACACAUAAAGAAAGCACUUGUUUUUUAUCAUUUCUAUUUAAGUGAAAAUACUUAUUGUCUCAGCCAACCCUUCAUUAAUCUGUACAUUUAAUAUGUUAUUACUUGUUUUCUAGAAGUUAUGUGCUGCUAUUUCAUAGUACCAGCAGUGAUAUAACCACAGAUAAUUAAAGGUUUAAUUCAUGGUCA